AUGUCGAUGUUAAGAAUCUGGAGUUGCAUCGUACAUUUCUUUUCCGUGCAGGCACUUGAUUCACGAAUAAAGCCAGACAUUGAAUUCAAAAGGCGACAAAGGAUAUUUAUCAAUUCAUCUAAAGAAGAGAAUGGUUCAUCUUCUAGUGCCGUUACUGUUACCCGUAACCCUGUGCUCAGCUCUAAUAGCCCAUCUCCUCCGCUAUGGAAUACAUGGGAAUUUAGACUAUAUUAUUUGGCGUUCACCGUAGUAGUUCCUUUCAUGAUAAAGGCGGCAUUGGCUACGAGCUCCGAGUCUAAUCCAAACUACUAUAAAUUCAGCGGACUGCUAGCCCAUGGUUGGAUUCUGGGCCGCAAAGUGGAUAACAGCGAUCCUCAGUAUAGGUUUUUUAGAUCCAAUUUUUUUUUGUUGGCCAUCUUAAUAUUACUACAAAUUAUAUUAAAAAAGGUUUUUGUUAAAUUUAGUAAAAUUCCGAAAACAAAAUUCGAUUUUGCGUGUGGAUUAGUUUUUGUCUGUUUCAUGUACGGGAUCAAUUCUGUUAAGCUCUUUACGCAUGCUUUUAUUUUCUUCACUUUGGCACAUUCGCUAAAGAGAAAGCGUUUGAUAGCCGCUUUUGCGAUUUGGUCCUAUGGUAUCUUUACACUAUUCAUCAAUCAAAAAAUGAAAAAUCUCCCCUUUAAUAAUAUUGCUAUCAUCCUAAGUCCCAUGGAUCAAUGGUAUAAGGGUAUCGUUCCUCGAUGGGAUUUUUUUUUCAAUUUUACAUUAUUGCGUUUGUUAAGUUACUCCAUGGAUUUUUUGGAAAGAUGGCAUGAACAAUUGAGCCGCCAACCUUCGAUAGAUUACGAUGAUAGACGACCUGAAUUCAGAAAAAGUUUAUCUGGUUCUACUCUACAAACCAUUUAUGAGUCAGGUAAGAAUGUUCUGGAGGAAAAGGAACGACUGGUAGCAGAACAUCACAUCCAGGAUUACAACUUUAUCAAUUUUAUCGCUUAUAUUACUUACGCGCCAUUGUUUUUAGUGGGCCCAAUUAUCACUUUUAAUGACUACCUUUAUCAAUCAGAAAAUAAGCUUCCUUCGCUAACGAAAAAAAACAUAGGCUUCUAUGCCCUCAAAGUAUUUUCGAGUUUGCUUUUGAUGGAAAUUAUCCUACAUUAUAUCUAUGUGGGUGCAAUAGCAAGGACCAAGGCAUGGAACAAUGAUACACCCUUGCAACAGGCUAUGAUCGCGCUGUUCAACUUGAACAUUAUGUAUUUAAAACUUUUGAUCCCAUGGAGGCUCUUUCGGCUGUGGGCCAUGGUCGAUGGUAUUGAUGCACCUGAAAAUAUGCUACGAUGUGUGGAUAAUAAUUAUAGUACAGUGGGAUUCUGGAGAGCCUGGCAUACAAGUUUUAACAAGUGGGUAAUCCGUUACAUCUAUGUUCCAUUUGGCGGGUCCAAUAACAAAAUAUUAACGAGCUUUGCCGUAUUCUCAUUUGUAGCAAUAUGGCAUGACAUCCAAUUACGAGUGUUGUUUUGGGGGUGGUUAACAGUCCUUUUAUUAUUAGGCGAAACCUACAUUACUAACUGUUUUAGUAGAUAUAGAUUCAGAAGCUGGUACAGGUUUGUUUGCGGUAUCGGUGCUGCAAUAAAUAUUUGCAUGAUGAUGAUUAUUAAUGUCUAUGGAUUUUGCUUGGGUGCAGAGGGAACGAAGCUUCUAUUGAAGGGCAUAUUUAACAAUUCACAUAGUCCGGAGUUUUUGACUGCGGUAAUGGUAAGCCUAUUUAUUGCUGUUCAGGUAAUGUUUGAGAUUAGAGAAGAAGAAAAAAGACAUGGCAUCAACUUGAAAUGUUGA